AUCACUGAAGCUCUCAUGGGAGUUAGGGUAGACGAUAUCAAUGGGCUUACUGUUCUCAAACUGAGCACAACUUCCAACGAUAUUUUGAGCGGAUUCUACGCAGAAAUUAAUGCUAAACUUGGCACAUCCU